AUGUAUCUAUCAUUUAAACGAUUGUAUCUAUUAUUAUUAUUAUUAUUAUUAUUAUUAUUUAUAUUCAUCAAAGAUAGCACAUCAAGAACAACAACAACUUUUAAUGAUGAUGAUGUUGGUUAUCGUAAAGAUAGCAGUGGAUUUAAAGUAAAGUCAAGUACAAUCACACGAAAGAAGGCAAAUGUGAUGGGUUCAGAUAUCGAUAUGGCAAUCAUCGACAUCGAGUUUGACCGAGACAUUUAUCAUUAUGUUGGUGCCAUCUGUCCCAACUAUACCUGUCCAAAUCUAGUUUCAGAGGGCGGAAUAGAUUGUACAUGUGAUUACACGGACCGGAGCGAAUGUCCCAAAAAGCUAGAUGAAUCGUGUGAUUCAUGUGAUGUGUUUGAUCAUUACAAAGGAGUAUCAUACCCCCAUCCAUACUGCUUACCCGAAAGAAAAUGGACAACGAUCCAAGCAAACACACGUUACUACUUUGGAAAUGUAACAGAGGAGCUAGAACUUCGUCUCAAAGCAAAUUCAUCUAGUUGUGUAGGAUAUCAAUUCUAUGCUUCACAAGACAAAGGUGCUAUUAAAAUGAAUGUAGAUUAUUAUUUCAAUAAUGAUACUCACUCUAGUUUUAGUCGUGAUACUGGUUCUCAAAAAUUACAACAAAUUACAAUAUGUCCUAAUAUCUAUGGGUCUAAGUCUGAUAUUGCUAUUGGUACAUAUAUCAUAAAUAUUAAACCAAUUUCAAAAUCAGCAUCAUUCUCAUUUAUUACCUACGAGAAUGAUGUUCCUCCUGCAGAUCCAAAUAUCGAAAAUUGUACAAACAUUAAUAAUAGCCCAAGUCACCAAUGUGCCAAUGAUGGUGCUUUGAUUGAAGAUAUAGACAUUGAAAAUCCUAAGCCUCGACAAUUUUAUUAUACAUUCUCAGUUGACCAUCCUAUGGCCCUUUCAAUUGGAUGUCCUGCCAUCACAUCCGAAAUUGUAUUUUUUGUCAGUGAUUCACAUGAUAAUCAAUUCCCUUCAAGAAAUAAUUUCACUUGGGCUUCCUAUUUACAAUACGAUAAUUAUUUAACAAUAACAAUCAGAGAUGCCCCCAAAAUACUUUAUAUCAGUUUUGAAAUGGGCAAGGAUGCAGAGAUGUAUUGCGUGGUUAGUUCUCAUUUCCAAAAGAAUUACACCAAAAGAGCAUUGGUUGAUAAUCAUGAACAAGGAGGAUCCUAUCUGAUGAUGGGAUCUUCGAGGAUGAGAUUGAAAGAUGGAUCGAUUUGGAAUUCAAUCGAUUGGAACUUGGUCAAUCUAUUCUAUCCAACUUAUCCUAGGAUGGAUGCCAACCCAAUCUACCCAACACCAACUAUCAUGUCUGACCCAAAAGACAGCUUCAACUAUUUCAAAGACAUUGACUUGUUGGAGAAAGACGACAAUCCAACAACAGCAAACAAUCGAUACCAAGCUGUUUUUAUUAUCUCGGUUCAACAUCGAAUGUCAACGGCCAUUGUUUAUUCAGACUUUGAAAACGUUGCCAAUGGUCAAUUGGAUUUUACUGGUACAAUGGUCGAUAUCAACGGACAGCCAUUGGACUUGUCGGUCAGAUUUACAAUCAACCACUUGGCAUGCAAUUACAGCAGAUUGCAAUCGAAACUGUCCCAGAUUGAAACACUCAAACAAAUGCUCUUUUCGAGAUCCGGAUUUGACCAAGUAUCAUCGAUUCGAUUUAAUAUCGAUAUUAUAACUUUGGAUGAUUCUUGGGUUGGAUGUUCUCAACAAGCCGACAGUCUCUUGGAAAUAUCGACCAAAACAAUAUCAACCAACUCGAUUGUUUGUCCGUACCCAACCAACGAUCCUAUGUUCAGCACCGAUCCUUGUUGCAACUCGACCAUAACGUUAGGUCAAUGUUGCUUACCACGUUUAUCCAACAUCACAAUACCAGACCAAGGUAAAGCCAAAACAGAUUUAGUUUCGAGUCAAUGCUCAUCACCAGGUUGUACGACUCUUGUAUUAAACGAUUAUUAUGUGGCAACAAAGAAUAUACAAGAUGGUAAUUGUUCACUAUCAUAUGAUAGUUCAUUUGAUUUACAAUCGGAUAUUUACACAGCACUACGUAGAUGUAAAUCAUUCUUUAAUGAAAUCACUUGUUCAAAUGACUCUCAAUGUACCCAAUUGAAUGGAAAAUGCCAUUUACUUGAUAGGUAUUGUUAUGUUCCAUUUGAAAGUAUCCAUCUUUUGGAUAAAAGUUAUUUAUCUUGUGUCAUAAAUAAUAUUAGUUUACAAGUAAAUUAUUUCCUAAAAUAUCAAUACAAUUUAGAAAGUUUCCCAAAUGAAACCAAGUUUAUUGAUGAGUUGUACGAUAGAUUUUCAAUGGUAGAUUGGAUUGGAAUUCGCCCAAAAGACAGGAAAACCUAUAGUUAUAUAUCACCAAGGGCAGAAUAUUCUUAUGGAUGCAAGAUUAACCCUCAAGGCGAGGAGCUACAAUAUGACAUUCGAUCAGAGUGCCAAGUAUUCGAAUCAAUCACCGAUCAAUCAACCUGUUUGGCUACAGAGAGUGUAUGUCUAUUAAGAACAGAACCACUAUUUAACUUGACUGAGACCGAGUGUCAAUCAAAUGGCUAUUGUAAAAUGGUUGGGUACUCAUGUGGUGGACCAAAUGCAUGCAUUAUAUCGGACGAUUCUCUUCCCCCUGGAGGUUGCCGAUCAAUACCAGGUACAGUUGAUAAAGGAGAUUGCACUGUGAUUGGAGCAACCGAACUCAAUUGCACGGAUUUUGGGUAUGGUGCCAAAUGGUACAAUUGUCCAAGCAUGAAUCAACUUGAAUGCUUUACAUCUGCCCGCGUGUGUACAGAAGAAUAUACUAAUUUUUUGGAAAACAAAGAUGAGUGCGAAACCAUCGGAGGACAGUGCUCAGACGAUGUAUUUUCCGAAGGAGACACAGAGCAUGGACGACUUUGGGCAAGAUGUGUACGCCAACACAACACAACCGUGUUUGGAUCGGGAAUUCUAACUUGCAAUUAUCCAGACGAAGUAGACAGCCCAUUAGGUUGUUACCACAAGCACGAUAAGAUCUAUACCGAGGAGCAGUGCCUUUCGUUGGGUGCAAAUUACAAAUGGUGGUUAAUUGCUAAAAAUGAAAAAGAAUGUCUCUCUCACAUGGGAUGUCGUGUAAUUGACACCUCGAGAGACAAUCUCCCACAAAACUAUCGUUUCAACGAGAUGAAUGAAAGCAUGUGUAAUUCUUGUAGCAACAGUCAGUACAGUAAAUGGACAAACAUGUUUACUUGGACCACCACAAUUAUAGACACUGCUAUUGUCUUGUGUGAAAUGGAAUACCAAAACGAUAACAACGAAAAUCAUGUAUAA